UUAUACUCSGGAGGAUGGAUAUUGUGUCUGUAAAUCAGCUUUCUAACGARGAUUUUAUCAGUCAAUUUGGAAAUGUCGUGGAAUGUACGUCACUUUGUGCUGCUGCUGUAGCUGGCAAUCGUCCUUUUCUAAAUUUUAACGACCUUUAUCGUAACCUGUGUGAUUUUAUUGACGCGUUACCAUCCAGUGGUCGUGCUGGGAUACUUCGUAGCCAUCCAGAUUUAGCAGGACGACUUGCAAAAGCAAAUGCUCUCACAGUAGAAUCGACUCAAGAACAAGCUAGUGCAGGUCUUAGUAAUCUAACGAAAGAAGAAAUGCAAUUAAUUGACAAGUAUAACCAGGAUUAUCGUCAAAAGUUUGGAUUUCCUUUUGUUAUUUGUGCUCGUCUGAAUAACAAAGAGAGGAUYAUUAAUGCAUUGAAAGCGAGACUGGUUAAUGACUUGGAGCAAGAACUCAACACAGGGAUUGAAGAAGUGAAAAAGAUUAUGCUACUCCGACUAAAAGACAUCGUAAAAACUGACUCUAACCUAUAAUAUCAUCCAGUAGAUAGGUCAAGGAAGCUACUAUCGUUGACAAAAUGCGUUGAACGCAUUGCAUUACAGCAAUACUUUGAUGUGUAAUAUCAAUAAAUGCAAUUACUAUACCGCUAAUAUGAGCCAUGAAGAUUCCGGGCUCGAGAUUCCAUAAGCUUUUUUCUUUGCUAGAUGUUUUCAUUUAGUUAAAAAAAAAUAAACAAUCAGUGUUUUUUCCUA